AUGGAUACACUUGAUGAAUUCAUGCAACUUGGCGGCGACUUUGUGGCGACGGAGUCCAGCUACCAAGAUUUACUCGUUUGGCCCGAGUAUUCACUUGAGCUUGACAUGUAUCCCCAAAUCUCCAACGACAAUUCCAUACCUGAAUUUGAGGUUGUCAUUGCAUCAGAAAACGCAUGGCCUCUGGCGCGGUGCAACCCGCUCAUGUAUUCGGGCACCUGCCCGCGCACAGCAAUUGUGCAUCUUGAAGCUCUGGAGCAGAAAUGCAAACAAGAGGGCACGUGGAACUCGCUUGAAAAGUUCAUUGAGCAGUUCACCGGAGAUGGAGUGGAGAUGCCAACAGUUGUGCCACUUACGUCGAGGACACGUGACAAGAUGCUCGCCAUCACGCAGACAUUCUUACACAAAGCCCUCGACAUUCACAGAGCAAGUAUCAGUGGGUAUCCAAAGACUGGCUACGCUAGUCCCGGUGACUUCAGCUUCAUUGUGUUGCCGCCAUCCAAUAUCCUGGAGUACUUCCUUCGCAGCUAUGUGCGGAGUCUUCAGGAUUUCUACCCACUGGUCUUCGCAGGCUGCGUUGAUCCGAAUGAGAUGUUGAGCAACAAUCAAGCCUCGACGCUCCUCGUCUUGCUUAUGAUCGCGCAGGGCGCUGCCUCUGUGCCAACUGCGGAGGCGAGAUAUCUCUCUGCUGGCCUCACAGAAACUUGCCGCAUCUCAUUGUUUGACAUUAUUGAAAAAGAUGUUGAACUGUCUGCUGAUCCCAUCGCUCUGCGGUGCGCCUUGCUAUUCACAUUGCUAGGCGCAUGGAGCGGCGACAAGUGGCAAAUGGACAUUGCCAUGGGCCAGCGCGGCAUGUACCUUUCGAUGCUGAAACAUGCGGGGAUGCUGGAGCCUCAACCGUCCAUGAUUCCCACCUUCAACAACACAACAAGCACAGAGCUUCAGUGGCGGUCAUGGCUUCAUCGGGAAGCACAGAACAGACUGGUUUACAACUGGGUCAUGGAGAACCCGAACUGCCCUGUCACGCGGUGCAAUAUGGUUCUAUAUCAUCUCAUUUCGCUCCAUGCUGUUACCAACUUCCCAGAGAUUGAGCGGCUUGCCCGUAGGGAGAACUUUGACGGCUCAUACUGGGAGCUUUCUCUUCGGCACAAGCGUUGCAUCUACCAACGCGAGGAGGCUGUAUUUCAUUGUGGACAGGUCUUCCGGCUUCUACGCCAAAUGCCAGCAGACCGGCGACCAGCCUGGUGGAGCGCCGCGCUCUAUCGCGCGACGCUGAUCCUCUGGACCGACAGCAUCAGCCGACUAGACCCCAAUUUCCAAAUACAGAAGCGCGAGGACCAUAGUCCAGUGACCAGCAACGCCGUCGCCGUCGACCAGCUCACUCUUGAGGACCCCAGUGUCUACGCCUACCUCUGGCACAACAACGGCGUCGCAGUCCUCACGCGCAUGGACGGCUCCACCGUAGACCUGGAUAAGCCUACCGAGGUCUUGACUUUCGCCAUCAAGACCCUCGACGAGGCAAUCAGCACGCGCAUAGGCGACGGCAUCAAGCGUAAGCUGAUGACCCUCGGCAGCAACUGGAGCGCGGACAUCUUGGGUGCUGCCGCGGCGUGA